AUGGGACAAACAAUUGAUGCAGCUUUUGAGAUUUCAAAUCUUGAUCUCGCGCUGCUGCAAGUUUCCCAUUCACAUACUCACUUGGGAGGAAUCCAAUUCUCGGUAGCCAAGCAGCUACUAAUGCAUCGAUUUUUUGAUUUCAGUGCAGUCGUUGAAGAGGUUACAAAUGAAAAAUCAGUGCAACGACAUGUAGGUGGCUGUUGCAGCCCUACGCCGGACAGUACAUAUGGCAGUGCCGAGGAUCGUGUUCCUAUCCGGUGGACAAAGCGAGGAAGAGGCCACUGUAAACUUAAACGAGAUGAACAAACUCGAACACUAAAGCCAUGGACAUUGUCCUUCUCAUUCGGGCGAGCUUUACAGCAAAGCAUACUCAAAACAUGGGCUGGAAAGAAGGAAAAUGUUGGCAAAGCUCAAGAGAUGUUCUUGGGAAGGUGUAAGGCUAAUUCUGAAGCCACACUUGGGAAGUACACUGGGGGGAGUGCUGGAGAAUUGGCUUCUGAAAGUUUGCAUGUCAAGGGCUACAAGCCUUCAAGCCUACAAUCUGCAAGAAAUGCAGUAUCCGAAUUUAGAAACUUGGGAGCAUCGAAGUACAUGACAUUGAGACUAGCUGCGGGGAUCUCGAACAUUGGAUUUCUUGGUUUAAUCGCGAGGAAGAUUAUCAAAGUAGUUAUUCCAAAGAAGAUGAGAAAAAGGCUAAAUACCAAACAUAGGAUUGCACCAAACCAUACUACUAAAUUUGUUCUCCGAGGAGACGGAGUUAAUGUUGGUGUUGGCGGGAGCCGUGGAGGUGGAGGUGGAGGUGGAGGUUGUGGAAGAGGUAGCAUCUUGGGAAGAAUGUUAUUAAGAAAUCCUACGUACAAAGUUAUGAGAAGGGAAAUGACAUUAUUGAUGGCUCAAGGAAGGUUUUGA